UGCACAAUGAUGGAGGAGGACUCAGAUGCACAUCAAAAUGGAGAGUUUUCAGGUUAUAAUGCUUCAAGUACAAGUCACUGCGAAGAGGAUACGGUACUGAAACUAAGAGAGAAGCUUGAAAGUAUGGAAACAAAACUACAACAAGAAUUAAUCCGCUGCCAAUGCAAGGAAGAUGAAAAUAAUCUUUUGGAGCAGAAAAUAGCAGAAAGGAAAGCAGCCCGGGAGAACCGUGAAGUGGAAGAGGGUAGAAUAAAGCAGCUUGAAGAGAAAAUACUCAGCCUCAAAGCCGAUAUGGACAAGAACAUGGUAGAGCGAAGUGAGGUAGAAAAUCAUAAGAAAGCCAUUGAAGAGCAAGCUAGGAGUCAAGUCAUGGAAAAAAUAAACCAAGAGAACCAAGUCUUACGGUAUUUACCGCAGUAUUGUGGAGUUACAGAACACCAAGUCCAGGCUUGCCUCUGAGAGAAGGAUGAACAGGCUGUCACACAUCCACACUC